AUGCUUCGCUCCGACUUGAGAUGGGUCACUCUCACCCACGCCCACGAAAUUCCCUACAACAGUCGACCAUUGGUGUUAAGCUUCUACUUGGGUUCUAUCAUCUCGAUCCUUCUCCUAAUUAUUUUUAAUAUGGCCCUGGUUGGCUAUGACACUAAACUGGUUCUGAAGCAAAACCCUAACAAUACACAACACAAUUACUGGUGGACAUGGGACUAUCUUCCAGCCAUCCUAAGGAUGAGAUCUGAUGCGGAGGGUUGUGAGGUAGGCAAAUUGAGCCAGGACGUCACGUUCAAAACGAAUUCGAGCCUACCUCUAUUCCAGUAUCAGUUCAAAAGUAGCUACAUAUUCGAGCGUCCGGGAAACCCCGAUGGUGCUAGUACUGUUACCAAAUUUGCCGAUGGGCCGUAUCAAGCCAAUCCACUGAGCAGCUGCUUUGUCACCGAGAUGGGCCUAUAUCAUGAGCCUUUGUGGCAGAACUUUAAGGCCAUAGCGACAGUCACUUGCGAACCAACCAAUCAACUCCCUCAUUUUUUCAAGUUCACAACGCUAUAUUCUACAAGCGGACUUCCAUACAUGCGCCCCGACUCGACUCUUGAAUAUUUCAUUGUUGAUGUACACCCAGAACAAACAGCCCUCAGUUUCGAACGAUGGUUGGACCAGAGCGCUGACUUUACAGUCGAUAAUACGUCCAGGCUGAACGUACUUGGCGUGUUAGAUGCGUUGGCUGGCGAUUUGACACAAAUAGGUCUACUUAAGUUUGAUAUGUUAAACGACACAGAAAAGAUGGCUGUCCCAGAGAGAGUAUUUUUCGGCUGGGACCUUGCACGAAGGUCUGGAGAAUGCAGAAUCGAUGAUGGCAGCAGACUCGAAUUUUUAAGUUUUAGCCCAUGGCACAUAGAAUUUUCGGAUAUGGCGAACCGAACAAUGAUCAACUUUAUGAUUGCUGUCCGUGACGCCAUCCACCUCGACUUGGGUCACAUUACCCCAGAUAACAUCUACCUCAACAAAACAGCCUUCAAUGCAUAUAUACAUCCCAACCCACACUAUUUGUCUGUGGUUGAGCAAUAUCGGACACGAUUUAUGGGGCUGGAUCCUGAUGCCCUGCCGAUAUGUACCUGGACCCGAGGCUGCCUGCCUCAUCCAAACAUAACCUGGGCUGAGGUGCUCCGAGAAGACGUAGGAAAGCUGCCUUACAACAACAUUAUAUUGCCGAUAGUCGAGGACUCAGCCACGAUAUCCGUAAUCGAUAUGUCUUAUUUGUGCCCCGUACAUAUGCGCAAACCAUGGGGUAGUUUACUUGUUUCGGUUUUCAGCGCAACAUUUUCUAUGUAUGGAACAAUAUACACAAUCUUUUCGUUUAUUGCACCUAGACUGGAUGAUCUAGUAGUAAGCAAGGGCGGAAACGGAGGCUUCCUCGGCCCAUAA